GGGGCGCCGCGCGGGAUGGAGCCGGGGGGCCAGGCCCGCACUGGCGCCCCGCAGCCGGCCGCCACGGGGCUGUGGAGGGCUCGGGCGGCUGGCGGCGGCGGCGCCUCCUGCUGGCUGCUGGACGGGAACAGCCGGCUGCUGUGUUAUGGCUUCCUCUACCUGGCGCUCUACGCGCAGGUGUCCCAGUCCAAGCCGUGCGAGAGGACUAGCUCCUGCUUCUCGGGCCGCUGUGUCAACUCCACCUGCCUCUGCGACCCGGGCUGGGUGGGGGACCAGUGCCAGCACUGCCAGGGCAGGUUCAAGUUAACGGAACCUUCUGGAUAUUUAACAGAUGGUCCAAUUAACUAUAAGUAUAAAACUAAAUGUACAUGGCUAAUUGAAGGCUAUCCAAAUGCAGUGUUAAGAUUAAGAUUCAAUCAUUUUGCUACAGAAUGUAGCUGGGAUCAUAUGUAUGUUUAUGAUGGAGAUUCAAUAUAUGCACCUUUAAUAGCUGUACUUAGUGGUUUGAUAGUCCCUGAAGUAAGGGGAAAUGAAACUGUGCCUGAAGUUGUUACAACAUCUGGUUAUGCACUGUUACACUUUUUUAGUGAUGCUGCAUACAAUCUAACUGGUUUCAACAUUUUCUAUUCAAUCAAUUCUUGUCCUAAUAAUUGCUCUGGUCAUGGGAAGUGUACAACUAGUAUCUCUGUUCCAAGUCAAGUAUAUUGUGAAUGUGAUAAAUAUUGGAAGGGUGAAGCUUGUGAUAUUCCUUACUGUAAAGCCAAUUGUGGCAGUCCGGAUCAUGGCUACUGUGACUUAACAGGAGAAAAACUGUGUGUCUGCAAUGACAGUUGGCAAGGUCCUGACUGCUCUUUGAAUGUUCCAUCUACCGAGUCUUACUGGAUUCUACCGAAUGUUAAGCCCUUCAGUCCUUCAGUAGGUCGAGCUUCACACAAAGCAGUUUUACAUGGGAAAUUUAUGUGGGUGAUUGGUGGAUAUACUUUUAACUACAGUUCUUUUCAAAUGGUCCUAAAUUAUAAUUUAGAAAGCAGUAUAUGGAAUGUAGGAACUCUAUCGAGAGGACCUCUCCAAAGAUAUGGACAUUCUCUUGCUUUGUAUCAGGAAAACAUCUUUAUGUAUGGAGGCAGAAUUGAAACAAAUUACGGCAAUGUUACAGAUGAAUUAUGGGUUUUUAACAUACACAGUCAGUCAUGGAGUACAAAAACUCCUACUGUUCUUGGACAUGGUCAGCAGUGUGCUGUGGAAGGACAUUCAGCACAUAUUAUGGAAUUGGAUAGUAGAGAUGUUGUCAUGAUCAUAAUAUUUGGAUAUUCUGCAGUAUAUGGUUAUACGAGCAGCAUACAGGAAUACCAUAUCUCAUCAAACACCUGGCUUGUUCCAGAAACUAAAGGAGCUAUUGUACAAGGUGGAUAUGGCCAUACAAGUGUGUAUGAUGAAAUAACAAGGUCCAUUUAUGUUCAUGGAGGGUAUAAAGCAUUACCAGGCAAUAAAUAUGGAUUGGUAGAUGAUCUCUAUAAGUAUGAAGUUAACACAAAGACUUGGACUAUUUUGAAAGAAAGUGGGUUUGCCAGAUACCUUCAUUCAGCUGUUCUUAUCAAUGGAGCUAUGCUUAUUUUUGGAGGAAAUACCCAUAAUGACACUUCCUUGAGUAACGGUGCAAAAUGUUUUUCUGCCGAUUUCCUGGCAUAUGACAUAGCUUGUGAUGAAUGGAAAACAUUACCGAAACCAAAUCUUCAUAGAGAUGUUAACAGAUUUGGACACUCUGCAGUAGUCAUUAAUGGGUCCAUGUAUAUAUUUGGGGGAUUUUCUAGUGUACUCCUUAAUGAUAUCCUUGUAUACAAGCCUCCAAAUUGCAAGGCUUUCAGAGAUGAGGAACUUUGUAAAAAUGCUGGUCCAGGGAUAAAAUGUGUUUGGAAUAAAAAUCACUGUGAAUCUUGGGAAUCUGGAAAUACAAAUAAUAUUCUUAGAGCAAAGUGCCAUCCCAAAACAGCUAUUUCUGAUGACAGAUGUUACAGAUAUGCGGAUUGUGCUAGCUGUACAGCCAAUACAAAUGGGUGCCAAUGGUGUGAUGACAAGAAGUGCAUUUCUGCAAAUAGUAACUGCAGCAUGUCUGUCAGAAACUACACAAAAUGUCAUGUGAGAAGUGAGCAGAUUUGCAAUAAACUUACCAGCUGUAAAAGCUGUUCAUUAAACUUGAAUUGCCAGUGGGAUCAACGACAACAAGAAUGCCAAGCUUUACCGGCUCAUCUUUGUGGAGAAGGAUGGAGUCAUAUUGGGGAUGCCUGUCUUAGAAUCAAUUCUAGUAGAGAAAGCUAUGACAAUGCAAAACUUUAUUGCUAUAAUCUUAGUGGAAAUCUUGCUUCAUUAACAACUUCAAAAGAAGUAGAAUUUGUUCUGGAUGAAAUACAGAAGUAUACACAGCAGAAAGUAUCACCUUGGGUAGGCUUACGCAAGAUCAAUAUAUCCUACUGGGGAUGGGAGGACAUGUCUCCUUUCACAAAUACAACAUUACAGUGGCUUCCUGGUGAGCCAAAUGAUUCUGGAUUCUGUGCAUAUCUAGAGAGGGCUGCAGUGGCAGGCUUAAAAGCAAAUCCUUGUACAUCUAUGGCAGAUGGCCUUGUCUGCGAAAAACCUGUUGUUAGUCCAAAUCAAAAUGCAAGGCCUUGCAAAAAGCCAUGCUCUCUAAGGACUUCGUGUUCCAACUGUACAAGCAAUGGCAUGGAGUGUAUGUGGUGCAGUAGUACAAAGCGAUGUGUUGACUCUAAUGCUUACAUAAUAUCGUUUCCAUAUGGACAGUGUCUAGAGUGGCAAACUGCCACCUGCUCUCCUCAGAAUUGUUCUGGAUUGAGAACAUGUGGACAAUGUUUGGAGCAGCCUGGAUGUGGCUGGUGCAAUGAUCCUAGUAAUACAGGAAGAGGAUACUGCGUUGAAGGCUCUUCACGGGGACCAGUGAAACUUGUUGGAAUACACAAUAAUGAGAUGGUUCUUGACACUAGUCUCUGCCCUAAGGAAAAGAACUAUGAAUGGUCCUUUAUCCAGUGUCCAGAUUGCCAAUGUAAUGGACAUAGCACUUGCAUCAAUAAUAAUGUAUGUGAACAGUGUAAAAACCUCACCACGGGUAAACAGUGUCAAGACUGCAUGCCAGGUUAUUAUGGAGAUCCAACCAAUGGAGGACAAUGUACAGCUUGUACAUGCAGUGGCCAUGCAAAUAUUUGUCAUUUGCACACAGGAAAAUGUUUCUGCACAACGAAAGGAAUAAAAGGUGAUCAAUGCCAAUUAUGUGACUCUGAAAAUCGCUAUGUUGGUAAUCCACUUAGAGGAACAUGUUAUUACAGCCUUUUGAUUGAUUAUCAGUUUACCUUUAGCUUACUACAGGAAGAUGAUCGCCACCAUACUGCCAUAAAUUUCAUAGCAAAUCCAGAACAGUCAAACAAAAAUUUGGAUAUUUCAAUUAAUGCAUCAAACAACUUUAAUCUCAACAUUACAUGGUCGGUUGGCUCAACAGCUGGAACAAUAUCUGGAGAAGAGACUCCUAUAAUUUCCAGGACUAACAUAAAGGAAUACAGGGAUAGUUUUUCCUAUGAGAAAUUUAACUUCAGAAACAAUCCUAACAUUACAUUUUAUGUGUAUGUCAGCAACUUUUCCUGGCCUAUUAAAAUACAGAUUGCAUUCUCACAACACAAUACAAUCAUGGAUCUUGUGCAGUUUUUUGUCACCUUCUUCAGCUGUUUCUUGUCUUUAUUAUUGGUGGCUGCUGUGGUAUGGAAGAUCAAACAAACCUGUUGGGCCUCCCGCCGGAGAGAGCAACUGCUUCGAGAAAGACAGCAGAUGGCCAGUCGUCCCUUUGCUUCUGUUGAUGUAGCACUGGAAGUAGGAGCUGAACAAACAGACUUCCUGCGAGGGCCAUUAGAGGGGGCACCCAAGCCCAUAGCCAUCGAACCGUGUGCUGGGAACAGAGCUGCUGUUCUGACUGUGUUUCUCUGUCUACCGAGAGGAACAUCGGGUGCCCCGCCCCCUGGGCAGUCAGGCCUUGCAAUUGCCAGUGCCCUGAUAGACAUUUCACAACAGAAGCCUUCAGAUAAUAAAGACAAAACUUCGGGAGUCCGAAAUCGAAAACACCUCUCCACACGUCAAGGAACUUGUGUCUGAGAAAUGGAAAUCUCUCCCGUAGAUUCUGUACCGACUGACUUUGUAAAUGGCUUCCGUUUUAGCUCUUCUAUAACCUCACAUUUUAUAGAGGCCAAUCUCUGUAUAAUCCUGGGCCAGAGUACAAUUCCCUCUACAUGGGCAAUUUCCCAAGUGGCCAAAGAAUGUUCACGAGUUUUAUAAAAGCAACAGUGUUGAUGGUCACAGGUGAUAAAGUCAGUUUCUACAACUACUGGACCUUAGGCUUAUCAUAGCUAACAUUAAAUUACUCUGGAAAAAGAUGUAUAUUAUUUCUUAACGCAGCUGGAAAUACGUAAUUCAUAUAAAUCAACUGUUUAUAUCCCAAGACUUUAAAGAAAGACAUUUUAUAAUGCCUGAAUGAUAAAAAUUGUACAGUUUUUGCCUCAUAAACAAACUUAGGUCACCUAUAUAUGAACAGAAGAACACAUCCCAAGGCUUUAAAUAGUAUUUUUUCUCACUGUAAAUGUGAAAGCAAGAUUUUGAUUUAGUGGGAUGCAGAUAAUGUAUUUAAAUAUUUCAUAUGACCAUAUCACGUCCAAACUCGAGUUGAGAAUGUAAUAAUUUUCUACCUAACCAGAAUGUAGACCAGAAUAAGUCUGUUUAGAAUGUGUACCACUUCACAAGAGGUUUAUUAGAAUGCUGAGUGUAGGGGACAUUCCUGUCAUCCAUGCCAACUGCCUAACUCAUUAUCAGAGCUGAUAGAGCAUGGAAAAGCCUGUCCAGCAGUCAAUUUUUCUCCUUCUUCCAAAAACAGCCUCCAAUACCACAACCUGAAGAGAGCUGAAAUAGUUAUUUUAUAGUAUGCAAGCUUCUGCUCCAAAAUGGUAAUUUUUAAUUGCCUAGGAAUGUUUGGGUCAGUCCUAAAUGAUCUAUCUGCAUUUUUAUAGCAACGUGCCAUUUUAUUUUGGCCUUCCUUUUCUAGCUGCUAGAUUUUAUUUACCUUUUACAAAUGUUAUGCAGUGUAUGUUAGAGAUAACAGCUCCCAAGUUAUUAUAUGACCCAAGUUCUUUCCUGCCAACUAUUUCACAUGGAAUAUAAGCAGAAAAGAGUAUCGUCUGGUAUCGGCAGGAUCCCUGUUUCCAACAUGAACACAUUGGUGCCAUGAGAGAAAUUCUCCAGUUCAGAAAAGUAAGUUCAUUGUUGGCUACAUUCAGCACAUUCCUAAUGACUUAAUACUCUGAAUUAUGGCAGAAAGAAAAAUAAAAUGAAGCAGCUUUCACACUGGAACACAGAAACAUUUGUGCCCUAAUACUGACAACAACUCACUAAAGCUCAGACCCAUUUGGAAUUGCAGGAUAUAGAACAAUGACAGAUAUCCAAAGCUGCUGUAUACAGUGUAGUUUUAUUUAAUCUGACAGUCAUUAAAAUCUAAUUGAUCUUUAGUACUAUAUAUGUACUUUUCAUGUUCUUUGGAUUUCUGGAAGGUAAUGACAUUUUACAGUUAAUGCCUCGUUACUUGCAUGCCAUGGUUGUACAGUAGCAGAAUAUGACCCUAUUGUGAUAUUAAACGUUUAUUUCAAAUGCCAUUUAUACAUAGUCAGCUUAAUUUAAUGAGGAUUGACUGUAAUAUAUAAUAGGAAUGAUCAUACAAUAUGUAGUUGCAUCUUAUAAAAGAUUGCUAGGUUGCAUCUAAUCAUGACUAUGUCAUUAUUUUGAUAAUUAGGCAUUUAUAAAUUAUAGUAUAUAUUUCCUAUGUUGGCAUGUUAAUUUUGCUAUUUUCCAUGCAUUAAAAAUAAGACAAUUCUUAAAGUAAUUUUAGUAAUUUUAUCUAUAGCUUGUGAGUUUUAGGGGGCAAGAGAGGCCUGAUUGUUUUUACUUCCCUAUGAUAUUUUUAUCUCCAAAAAAUCAGUGAGCUAAGUUUGCAAAUGUAGUUAUCGCCAAAACAACGAUCAAGUAAUUUUAUCAGCUUCUUUUUGGAUCCUUUAAAUCUUGAUUUUUCUCAUGGAAAAAUAAAUUGACAAAACUUGUCAGUACAAAGAUACAAUCAUUUUAAAAUAGAGCGGUUGCCCAAUUUGUUUAAUUCUCUAACAGUUUUCUCUAGAGAAAGCUUAUAUAACAGGAACACAUAGACUUUUAUGUAAAAAUCUCAGUUAUAUCUUUAGAAAGGCUAAGCAAAUAGUAGCAAUACUAUGAAAGAAUUGUCAUGUUUCAUUCACCUUGAAUUUUAUUGGGUUUUAAAACAAUUUUUAUUAGUACAUGUUUUCAGUACAUAAUGAUUACAUUCAUUAUAGGGAACUGGUACAUGUACAUAACACAUCUCAGUUCUUGUUUUACUCCUUUUCUCCACUCCCUUUUAUUUUGCCACCAUCAGGCUCAUUUAUGUAUAAAUCAUUAUAAAGUUGAAUAUAAUUUAUACAGCUUAACAACCAGACCAAAAAACAUAUAAACAUAUAAACCAGGCCAAAAAACAUAAAACAUAAGACAAUUAUUUGAAUUUUAAUAAAUUAUGGAACAUAAUACAAUGUUAAGUUAAAGUUGUAUUAUACCUUUCUAAGCCAUAUAUUGCUAACCCCAUGGCUAAUUAUGCAUUAUAUUCUUUAUUUAUCAAAGCAUUUUACUGAUAAUAAAAUUCUUUUCCUUCACGUGAAGUUGGCUAAAAACCCAUCAAGGAUGAAGAAUAAUCAUUUUGAAUUUGUGUCUUGUCUUCUCCCCACACCACAAACACUUUAAAAUUGGAUGCUCUUAUUUAAAAAAAAAAAUCAAAGCACAAAUAUAUGCAGAUGCUUUCGGAGAAGUUAGCAGUUAAUUGGCUAAUUCUCUUGAAAACUUACCUAAGUGGAAUUCUGAACAUUUCAGUAUAGAGUAACUGAAAAAAUCUUCAGAUUUUAGGAUUUCUUGUUCCGCUAAGCAUAUAAAAAUCUUGGUUAAAUGCAACGUAGUUUUUAAAAAUUAACCUGAGAACACUAUUUGGACAGCUAAAGAAUUCUUGUUAGAAAAGAAUCUGUUUAUGCUUACAGAUCAGUUUAAUAAAUUUCUAAAGAGUUCAGAUUCUCACUGAAUGAAGAGCUAUUUUAGUGAUAUACAGAGAAAAAAUAGCAGCCAUAUUCUAUAGUGUUCUGUUUAAUAGCAAAACUGCAAGUUGAGCAUAUUUAAAUAUGUAAUCGAUCUUACUGUAUUUCCCAGUGUCUCAUUUUCUUUCAGUGUCAGUAAGACACAGGUGACUAUGUCACUUAGUGUGCAGGCUGGUGCACAGGCUGGAGGACAGACCCCAGAACCAGCUUUGAGGUGAGUGCCUGGUGCUGGGGAAGCUUUGAAGGCAGGCCCAGCUUUCGCACCUGUAAAGGGAGGCAGUGAGGUAGCAGACAUGAAGUUACCACAGCAGCCCUCGAUGCAGCAUGGCUGGUGUUAAUCAUGGGGUCACCAGGGCGCUCUCUUCCUACCAACUGAUUUAUGAGCCUGUUGUUUAAUUUUCAUUCACCUUCUCACCAUUGUUAAAAGUCAAGCAGGUUGAUGCAAAAAAGACUUCCUGAAUAUCUUAAGUUCCUGUAUUUCUGUGAUAUGGAGAAUUUUUUAAAAGUUACUUUUGUAUUUAGGUCAAUAGAGCUUUGACUCUAAAUCUAUAUAAAGUUUCAGUUGAGCAUUUUUAAUGGCUAUUUGAUGACAUUUAGACAGGAAUAUCAAUUGUCACCUUAUCACAUACAAACUAGGCAAGAAGGGGCCAGUGCCUAAAAUGUAUUGUCAUAUAUGGUACAUCUUUUUCAGUAAGCAUAAAACUAUCGUUUGAAAAGUGUUUUGUAUUUUUUUUAAAGAUUAUAGAACUGAUCAAAUAAACUAAUUCUAUUCAUCUACACUUUUCACAAAAUCCAUUUCCAAAACCCAUUUGUUAUUUCAUAGAGUUGGGAACUUACCCCUUCAUGAUAAUUUGCCAGGUUAGUGUGAUUCCUACCUUCAGGAGCAGAAGGAUUAGGGUGGUCCUGGAGGGUAGUACAGUGAUUCUUACUAAGGGGCAAAUUAGGGGAACCCUGUUCUGGGCCAAAGAGCAGCCUUUAUCUACAAUUACAGGGAGUUCUUUAAAUAAUGAAGUUAUCACCCUAAUUCAAAAUGCUUUACAUAAUUUUCCAAGGAAUACAAGCCAUCUGGUUGAUACUCGGCAGUGUUUUCAUUAUAGUGUGCAUUUAAUAUUUCUGUUUUAUCAAAUUUUCUAAAUUAAGUAGUAGAACCAUAGCUACUAUCAGUAUAUAUGUAAAGAGGUGUGCAUGCCAGUGUUAAAAACAGAUCGUGUAAAAGUUCAAAUCUGCUUUAAAAAGCCAACAUUUCAGAAUAUAAUGUGCUAUUAAUCAGGACUUUAAUUAUUGAAAUAAAACAUUGCCUCUUCCAA